GAUUUACAUAAAAAAAAAAAAAUUGUACCAAAAUAUGCCUAGAUGCGUUUGUAUGAUUCUAUUGAACAACCAACAAACCAAACAGCCAAACAGCGGUGUAUCGGUUGAAUUGAAUUUCACCUGACAUUCAACAACACAUUCCAUCUCUCAUUCUUCUCUCAAAUUCCUUUCUUUCUUUCUUUCUUUUUCCCAAUUUUCAAUUCAAUUCAAUUCCCAAACGCAAUCACAAUUCGUGUUCUUCAAGUCACGCAAACCACCAAUUGAUUAUUCGAACAAAGCAUUGAAGAAAAGGAAUCGAAUCGUUGUUUGAUAACAAUGGCGGAAGAAGAAGGUAGUACAAGUACUACUACUCUUCUUCCUGACUCGUUGAAAAACACGCCUUCCAAUAUUGCUAGAUUGGAAGAUGUUAUUGAACAUUCUAAAGCAAGACAUAAGUAUCUUGCUCAAACUACUAGUUCUUCUGAUGGUGGUGAUGUUCGUUGGUACUUUUGUAAAACCCCUUUAGCACCUAAUGAGUUAGCGGCAUCGGUACCGAGUACAGAGAUAGUGGGGAAGAGUGACUAUUUUCGUUUUGGUAUGAGAGAUUCUCUAGCAAUUGAAGCAUCUUUCUUGCAGAGAGAGGAAGAAUUGCUUUCUAGUUGGUGGAGAGAAUAUGCAGAGUGUAGUGAUGGACCUAGAGAACGACAAACUUCUGGUACCAAAUUAGAUAGACAUCAAUUUUGUGAAAUCGACGAAGAGAGAGUUGGUGUUCCUGUGAAGGGAGGACUCUAUGAGGUAGAUUUGAUUAAGAGACAUUGUUUCCCUGUUUAUUGGAAUGGAGAAAAUCGACGUGUUCUAAGAGGGCAUUGGUUUGCUCGUAAAGGGGGCCUUGACUGGUUACCAAUUCGUGAAGAUGUUGCUGAGCAACUAGAGAUUGCUUAUCGUAGCCAGGUUUGGCAUCGGCGAACAUUUCAACUGUCAGGACUUUUUGCUGCUCGAGUCGAUUUACAAGGCUCCACUCAAGGCCUGCAUGCCCUUUUCACAGGAGAAGAUGAUACCUGGGAAGCCUGGCUAAAUGUUGAUGCUUCCGGAUUUUCUAAUUUUGUGAGUCUUGCUGGAAAUGGAAUCAAGCUAAGACGUGGUUACUCCCCAUCAAAUUCGCCAAAACCAACUCAGGAUGAAUUAAGGCAAAAGAAGGAGGAGGAGAUGGACGAUUACUGUUCACAGGUGCCUGUUCGACAUUUGGUAUUUAUGGUUCAUGGGAUUGGACAAAGGUUGGAAAAAUCUAAUUUGGUGGACGAUGUGGGUCAUUUUCGCCAUAUUACAGCAAGUCUUGCAGAGCAGCAUCUUACUUCACACCAACUUGGCACCCAAAGGGUCCUCUAUAUUCCAUGCCAGUGGAGGAAAGGUUUGAAGCUUAGUGGUGAAACGGCUGUUGAGAAAAUAACCUUGGAUGGAGUGCGGGGAUUGCGUGUCACGCUAAGUGCAACUGUUCAUGAUGUGUUGUACUACAUGAGCCCAAUUUACUGUCAAGACAUAAUUGACUCGGUAUCCAACCAACUGAACCGACUAUAUCUGAAAUUUAUCAAGAGGAAUCCUGGAUAUGAUGGAAAGGUUUCGUUAUAUGGCCAUUCUCUGGGAAGUGUUCUCUCAUAUGAUAUCCUCUGCCAUCAAGAUAAUCUGUCAUCCCCAUUUCCAAUGGAAUGGAUGUACAAGGAACAUAGUGAAGAUGAGGAACCAGUCCCUGAAAAGAAAAGUAAUAAUUUUCAGCACUCAUCAAUCAAUCAGGAUGACACGUCAAGUGUGAAGAACCCCUCUGAUGAAAAAAAGAUUACACAACAGACUUAUUCAGAAAUAGAGGCAGAACUUUCUGAGGAGUCCUCUGUUUUAUGCCCUAUGUUAUCAAGUGGACACAAUUUUAUUACAGAACCUAACUCUAUGAGCCCAAGUAAUGUGCGAGAUAUUUUUGAGAUUUCUGAUUCUAGUAACACGUUUUUUGAGAAAACGGGUGCAUUGGAUAAACUAGAGAAUGUGAAUCUUGGGCUGCCGGUGGCUAAGGAAGAAUGUAAUGGUACAAAUAACAAAGAUGAAGUAAUAAAAAAGCUCCGAGAAGAGAUUGAUUCAUUGAACGCCAAGCUAGCUGAUCUGGAAUCAUGUGUUGAUGGACAUUCCAAAGAAGAAUUGGAUUCUGUUAAAGAUGUUUACAUGAAUGUGGCAGUGCCACUGCCACAGUUAUCUCCAGAGUUGCCUCCUACACAAGAUGUACCAAAGCGUUAUACUGCAUAUAUCAAUUAUACAAAGCUUCUAUUCAAGGUUGAUACAUUCUUUGCUGUUGGAUCCCCCCUUGGUGUAUUUCUUGCACUCCGCAAUAUCCGAAUUGGCAUUGGAAGAGGCCAAGAAUAUUGGGAACAGGAAAAUAUUAGUGAAGAUAUGCCAGCUUGUCGGCAGAUGUUUAACAUUUUUCACCCAUAUGAUCCCGUAGCAUACAGGGUAGAGCCACUUGUCUGCAAAGAAUACUUUGGCAAACGCCCUGUCUUGAUUCCAUAUCACAGAGGAGGCAAACGGUUGCAUAUAGGAUUUCAGGAAUUCACUGAAAAUCUAGCAGUUCGCACUCACGCAAUAAAGAAUUAUAUGAUAUCUGCAAGGGAUAGGGUACUAGCAGUUUGUCAUUCAAAAAAUAUGGAGAACAUGGAAGGAGAGAGUUCUGAAGAGGAAGAAGAACCAUCAUAUGGAUCUUUAAUGAUGGAGAGGUUGACAGGAAGCAAAACUGGACGAAUUGAUCACAUGCUUCAGGAUAAGACAUUUGAGCAUCCAUAUCUGCAAGCCCUUGGAUCACACACGAACUAUUGGCGAGACUAUGAUACUGCUCUUUUUAUAUUAAAACACCUGUAUAGAGAUGUACCAGAAGAACUGGAUUCGUCAAUUGUACAUAGCGCUGGAAGCUCAAGAAACGAUAGUAGAUCUGUUAGUUGGUUUGAUCCAAGAGAUACUGUCGAGGAAGAUGUUCCUUUGACUUUCUCUGACAAGGUCAAGGUCAGAAAUUUCUCAAUCAAAGCUAAGAGGAUUUUCGCAGAGAACACUGCAUCCGAUUAUAUAUAGCACAUGCUGGGAUUAGAUUUUGUUUGAUACGUAGUUGAUGUUAUUUUCAUGUACACGAUGUAAUUGGGAUUCUGUAAUGUAGUGUAAUAUAUGGAAGAAUGUAGAUUAGACGGAUUCUCAUACGGCUGAAUAGAGUUGUUAGAUUAGGCCAACUUCCAAUGUACAUAACAAAAGGAAAAUCAUCCGUGUAAAUUCUGAUGCUUUGUAUCAAUUUACAUAUAGCACUUCAAUCUUACUGCUUGUAAAACAUGUAUACAGAUUUUUGCAGUUUAUGGUGCAUUAUAUUUUUUAGCCUUUA